AUAGCAACUCUGUCAGAGGCAUGGCAGGGGUCUAAUCGUGGGUCCCUUGAUCUUGACUUCAGUCAGCUCCCUUGUCCAGGUCUGGUCUGCCGUUGCCCAGGGCCGAGGCCGAGCGCAUGACCUGUCUUCGGAAGUCUCUUGGCGGAAGGCCGGCCAGGAGUGGCCCGAGGAUGACCGACCCCGCCGGGGCCGAGCGCGUACCGCUGCCGAGGUGGUCUCCCCUGGUCCUUUGCAUUGGUCCCGCCAAGUGGGCCUUAGUGAAGUUGGGCUGGGCCGUCUUCCUGUUCGGCUGGAUACCCCCAUUCCCGGAAAUGGAACCCAUUAAUUCGUUGGCAACCCCGCUCGAUAAUGCUCUUGCUUUCAACAAUCCCAGGCUUCCCAGCCACGGCGGCUUUCUAACGGCGCUAUGGGCUUGGGCCGCCGUUCUAACCGCCGCCGUCGGCCUCUGGAGGAUCAAAUCCUCCGCCAUGUCCGCGCAGUCCGACCCGCGCCCCGAAUUCCAGAACGGGUCGUCCGAUCAUCCCGCGCCGCCUCGGGAUAUCGCGCUGUCUUCGCCGCCGCCGGCCGAGAGCUCGUGGGUUUCCGCGCCGGAUUCGACCUCGGGUGAAGCUGCGACGGGCGUGAGGAAGGGGGAGAAGUUCACGGCGUAUUUCGACGGCGAUGACGCAGUUGACGGCAGCGCCGGGGGCGUUGACGAUUUUUACAAAAACCGCAACGGAGGUGACGGUGAGGGUGACGGGAUUGGGUUAGUUGACGAGUGGUAUCAGAUUUGGGAGGGAGCCAUAGAAACGAGAAACGGAGGCGCGGGUUGGUACCGUAACCAGGAUUUAACGGUGAUUAACGGCAACGUGGUGAGGCUGUGGGAACGCAGCCGUAGACGGCGGUGCAGCACCGCCGCGGCGGUGGGCGUAGGAUGCGUUGUUUCAUGGUAAAUCGGAGGUGGUAUAUACCAUAGCCCAUAUAGUUAGGCAGAAAAUAAUAAGAGGGAAAAUAUUCUGUAUAUUGAAUUGUUCUGCUAAGUACAAGGAGUUUCUCCUUUAUUUAUAGGAGAGGAUAAAGACCAAAACACAAAAGGAAUUCUAUUCCUACAAGGAAACAAAUCACUAAAUAUGAACAAGGAAACAAAUCAAGAGCAAUCCCACUU